AUGUCCGUCCUGGAGAACAUGCAUUGCAGCAAGCUUUUCCAAAUCCUAGCCCUAGAGGAGAACAACCUCUUCUCAGAGCUGAACCAGGUCAUUUACAGCCACAUUCGGCACAUCAUCGUGGACUCCAUCAUUGCUACGGACUUCGCACAACACACCGGCAUGGUGAAGGAGUUCGAGUCGAUGUACGGUGUGAACGCGGAGCUCUUUGACACCGCGGACGAGAUGUACAUGAACACGGAGGAAUUUCCUCCUCGGGAGCUCAUGGAGUAUUUCAAGACUCCGGAUGUGAAAAAGACCCUGAGGACCGUGCUGCUCCAUUUCGCGGACAUCUCCAACCCGAUGAAGCCUUUCCCAGUGGCGGAACGUUGGGCUGAGCUGGUUCUCAAGGAGUUUGCACUCCAAGGAGAAGAAGAGAAGGCGCUGGGGAUUCCCGUUGGCCCUCUGAACGACAAGAAGACCGUGAACAUGCCUUUGUCGCAGAUUGGCUUCAUUGAGUUCGUGGUGGCACCACUGGCCUUAGCCAUGGCUCGCGUGCUCCCACCAGUCUGGUUCACCAACCAGAUGAUCAUCGACAACGCCAACAUCUGGAUGGAUCGAUGGAUCGAAGAUACCUUGUUGAAGCCCAGCCUGGAGGAGCAGGUAAGCGUAAGGGAGCGGAUCCACAAGAUGGUGCAGCGCACGGAGCAGCGAGGCUUCACCGCCACCAUGGCACAGAUGGAGAGCUGA